AUGAAUAUGGAAAAUGCAAGUGUACGGAGCAGCACAGAGAAUGUACAAUCAAUAACACAAUCAACGAUCACGCUUGACAGAAAAGAAGAUGACAAGGAUGACGAAUAUAAUCCCCUUGAGCAUAGGGAUGUCGUUCAUCCUACUUCGACCUUGGGUGCAUUUUUCCAUCUACUCAAGUCGUCAUUAGGAUCAGGUUUGCUUGCUAUGCCUGCUGCCUUCAAGAAUACUGGACUGAUACCUGGAUGUAUUGGCACAGUUCUGGUUGCAGUUAUAGCAACACACUGCGUCCAUAUAUUAGUAUCUACAUCACGUGAAGUUUGCAAGAAAACCCGAGUACCGUCGCUUAGUUAUACAGACACGUGUGAAGAAGUAUUCAAACAUGGGCCAAAGAAAUUAAGACCGUACUCUAAACAUAUAAGACAUUUCGUUGAUGCAGCGAUGGCUGGUGUGUGUCUUGGAGGAACGAGUGUUUAUGUGAUAUUUAUAGCGUCUUCUCUCAAAGAUAUUUUUGACUACUUCAUACCAUCGACGCAGUACGAGGUCGAAGUUUACUGCGGGAUCCUACUCCUACCGUUAAUCCUGAUCACUCAGAUCCGUCACUUAAAAUUCCUCGUGCCGUUUUCCGUUCUUGCAAACGUAUGCCUUGUCAUCACGUUCGGCAUCACCUGCUAUUACACGUUCACAGAUCUACCGCCCUUGGAUAAUAUUGAUAUGGUCGCUAGUUUUGGAAAAUGGCCUCUGUUUUUAAGUACCGCCAUAUUUGCGAUGGAAGGCAUCAACGUCGUCAUGCCAGUGGAGAAUGAGAUGGCUAAACCUCAACAUUUUCUGGGAUGUCCCAGCGUGUUAAACGUGACAAUGGUCUUUGUAGCCAUUUUGUAUGGAGUCGUCGGAAUAUUUGGAUAUAUGAAGUAUGGAGAUGGUGUGCUUGGCAGCAUCACUUUGAAUUUACCCGAGGGUGAAAUUUUGGCACUAACAGCGAAGAUUUUAGUAGCCGUAGCGGUGUUUUUCACUUACUGCCUUCAAAUGUACGCGCCCAUGGACAUCAUAUGGACGAGGAUCAAGAUCAGAAUUAGGAAAGACUAUCACAAUGUUAGCCAAAUAAUACAAAGGACACUCGGAGUUACUCUUACAGUGAUCCUAGCAAUUGCAGUCCCAGACUUGGAGCUCCUAAUCGGUCUCGUGGGAGCCAUCUUCUUCUCAACCCUCGGUCUUCUCAUUCCAGUAGUCGUGGAAACAGUUCACAAAUGGGAACGUGGGCUAGGAAAAUGUUCCCACGUUUUGUGGAAAAACGCAUUACUGUUGAUAUUUUAUAUUAUUGUGUUAGUAUCUGGUUGCUAUGCGGCUGUGAGUGAGAUUGUAUCUAAGUAUAAAUAA